CUGACUGUCGUAUACACAAUUUUGCCCUUUCAAUCGUACACAUAAUACACAUACUGUGUACAAAUAUAGGCCAUGUUUGUAAUCUUUAUACAAACUUGUAAAUAAAGUAUAGAUUUUACAUUGUAAAGUCAAUAAAUAUUAUUGUGUACAUGCGUAAACUACAUUUGUCAGCGGAUUUAGAAGGACAUGCGUAGAUCUAUUUAAGAUUAUAACAAGCUAAACACAUGUUGGUGUGCUGGCAGAUAUAGGACCUUAAAGAGAUAAUUCACGAUGUUGCAGAGACAAACAGCAUUGAGCAAGCAGUAUGCAGCCACUCAUAAACGGUGCCGUUUUAUUAUGAAUCCUUAAUAGAAAUUAGGCAGUGAAACCAAUGGGAAAAUGAUUAUUUUGUGCGUUUUAAUUCAUACUGUGGAUGAAAUUAAAAACAGUUUUUACUGAAAAAAAAAUGGUUGAAACUGUUGUUCGAUCUGAAAAAAAUCUUAAAUAGCAACUGGCAGUCUGCUGAUUUAAUGAUUCGCUGAAAAUUUAUUUGAAAUUCUUCUAAACAUCAAAUAUGGCGACAGAUCGUCUGACAGACGACGAAAGUUGUGAAAAACUUCUGGACGAGUCUGUAAAAGAACUGGAUGAAGAUGAGGAAGACUGCAUUAAACAUUUGUUAAACGCACUCGAAAGAGAUGAAGCGGAGGCCAAUGAAAAAUAUUGGGAAGGGAGACAACUCUUAGCGAAGGACAGGGGUUUGAUGCUGGAUUACAAUGACAGAGGUAAUGAAAGUGUAAAUGCUAGUGUAAGUGAUCUGAAUACAAGUAAACUUAAACUCGACAUCACUGCAAACAAUGUACCGCCCAAAGGAACAGAAAUCAAAUUCAGCAAAAUAUCUCCGUCGUCGUCAGAUAAACAAAGACGUGCAAUGAAAUUACUUAAAAAGCAUAAGUCAGAAACUGGGAAAAUUAUUUGUGGUAUAGUGAUUAUGUUAAUUAUUUUAGGCAUUGGAGGGAGUUUACUUGUUCUUGGAUGGAUAAUGGACAUGGAGGAUCUUUACCUGCUUGGUGGUAUUUUUGCAUUUGGUGGUGUUAUUUUUACGAUUGCACUUAUAGUUGUAAGAUGCCAGACUAGAGAACAACUAGGAGAUACGGAUUAUUCUGUUCUCUAUAAAGCAUAGGAUCUUAUAAUUUCAUUAUAAGGCCCACAGGAUUUAGAUCUCUUGCCAAUUAUGUCUUAAUGGAUAAAGCGUUGGCAGAAGAAUAAAUUCAGUUCAGUCCUCUUGUUAAAGAAACAAACAAACGAUAUGGUCACAAAAAUGGUGCUUAUAUGAUAUAGUUUUGCAAUUUAAAAAAUGUACAAGCAUAGAAAAGAGUAAAUUGUUCACAUUUAAAAUUAUUAUAGUCAGCAUUUAAGUUUUGCAUUAAUAGAUAUGUGUAAGGUUAAGGUUAUACAAUUGUACUAGAUUUACCAUUAAAUAGGAUCUCACCUGACCACGUGUCGUCCUACCGUCGUGUGUUAUAAAGACGUUCUGGAGUGUGUACUGUACAUUCAUCUUUUGUUUUGUAUAGUUGUUUUAGAUACGAUUCGCAACCUCCCCUGUUUUACGAUGUUUUUGUUAGUUUUGUUAUUAGGGAGGUUAUGCUUUCAUACAUGUGCGGGUAUUGGUUUUUUUGAGAUUUUAUUUCAUUAAGUUAAAAAGGCGAUUUAGAAUAUUGCAGUUAUAGCUUAAACAUUCUAUUACGUUCAGAAGUUUAUUGUCAAAUCUACAUCAGAAGUUUUAAAUGUAUAUAAGCAACUCGAUUAAAUUAUGAUAUUGUAACAGACCCUUACUUCUACUUGUAGAGAAUUUCUACACGUACAUGAUACCCGUACAAGAAUGAAAUCUGAACCGCUCUGUUAUAGAACAGCAUAUUUACUACAUGAUACCAGCCCCAUUAUACCAACGUGUACAUUGUUAGAUAUAUCUAUUGUUAAGUUUUUUUUUCUUCUGCUGCCUGGUCCAAUAUAGUCUUUUUCUCUUAUCGCCGCAACAAAUGUCAGUAGGACAGUUUUUUUUUCGAGGCCAACAGCACUAAAGGAACCACGGCACUAAUUUAUUGAACACUCAUUUUCCACUUUGUAUAUUUUUGACAUUUUGGUUGACAAAAAUGAGGGAGAAGGUUGUAAUUCAAUUCAAGUAUGAGGUCACAGAAGUGUAAUUUUGACGUGACUUUUCGGUAAGCAAAUGUAACAGGAAAAAAUAUAAUUAUAUCUCUUAGAAGAUACAUGAAUCGUACCUUUUCCUUCAUCUUGAGCUAGUUCUAGGAUAAUUCUUUAAAAUGAAGAAAUGAAUUUCCCAUUGAAAUGGAUCUGUGUCUGUACUGUACAAUAGCUCUGUGAACAUCUCCAGUUGAUAUAGAAUAUGUAGGGGGAUAAUAUUUUCGUUCUGUUGAAUCUCCACGCAAGCGGCAUUUAUCUAAAAAUGAUAAUGUAAUGAUGUGUUUAUACAAUCGCUCGGUAAUAGAUCUGAUCUAGGGUCAAUACGACAUACCUUUGAUCAAUGAAAGGACCAUAAUGAUACACAUAUAUCUAUUAACUGCAUCUUACGACGCAUAUAUAGUGUAUUUAUUUUAACUGUGAUAUCAGAUAUUUAUUACUGUUUCAUACAAAUAUACUGCUUCUUGAUAGUUUGAGAUAAAUAUAUUCGUAUCGAUAAAAAUGUAUGUGUUACACUACUUUCAUAUCCGACAUACAAAUUUGCACAUUUUAUGUCUAUACCGAUGCCCGAUCAUUUGUUUUACUAGUGGUCAACUAAAUAUAUCUCGCGUUUUAUUUAUAAACUUAGUGUUUUAUCCCGAGAUUCGUACUGUAUUACAAAUUUUAGUAUCUUUGUUUAGUUGACGUAAGUUUCGUAUUGUAUUGUUUUUAAGAUCAGUAAAAUACGAUGACUCUGCCAUUGUUACAUGCGCAUUUAAAGAAAAAAUGUUUAUUUUUAACUGUCUCCUUUGGGCAAAGUUUUUUGGCGCGCGGGUCGGGGGAGGGGGGGGGGGGGGCUUGAGCGACUUUCUGGGAUGACAUAAAUCCGAAUUAGUGUGUGGAAGCCAUUCAUAUUAUAGCUGAUCUCCUAUCGAUGUCUCAGACUUUGCAAAAAAUGCUGAUCAAAAGUAAGCUAGUUUGAUGGUUUAUUUUAUAUGAAACACUCAUCAUUACAUAAAAAAACUUCUUUGAAUCGGUUAUCCGUUCAUUUUAACAGUUCUCAUACAGGACUAAAUAUUGUUCAACAAAAUAAGCUGUAAUCAUAUUCUGCCCGAGUAGUUCAAUUUAAUAAUUUUGGCAACAUUGAAAGAAACAGAAGCGCGAAGUAUUUAUGCAUUUUAAAUUAUUUCAGCCUCAUAGACGGUUUGCAUGAUAUAUAGGAGAUAGUCUUUUAUUAUAUAAACACAAGUAAUAAUGCAAUAAUGUGCUCGAGUGAAAUAUCUUUAGACCUUACAAAAAAUGUUCAGUUUAUCAUUUCAAGUCAGAUGUCUGUAUGAGCCUCAUUUUCUACCGAACAAAUCCGAAACGUCAUACAAGAAUACGUAAUUGCAAAUGCCAUUACAAUCCUGAGUUACCUUUAAGAACAUUUUCACAAUGCCAUUCACAAAAAAAAACGAGACGUCACGCACGAUAUCAUGAUGUCUCAAUAAUUAUUUUGAGAAAAAUAAAAAUGAAGGUAUGAAUACUGAUGAUCUUGCUAGAAAUUAUUGUAUCCGCCUUUUUGAUAUGAAAUGCCAACUAUUUAUAAUUCAUAGUCUUCCGCGUUGAAGCCUUUGGUAAACAUCUAGGGAAAUUAAAAGCCGAAAUACUUGAUGAAAAUGAUCGCAUACUUGCCACAUAUGUUAUAAACCCCAAUUUUAGGCAAUUAGCGCAAGUUAAGGCAGUUGUAUAUCAAAAGGUUUUAAUGCAUUAUUGAUUAAUUAAUAAGUUUUUAAUGUACAUGCAUAUACAUUGGUAUACGAGGAGUGUUUUAACGUGUCUAUAUGUUUGUAUUUAUAAGCUUGGUAAGUUUAUAUUUUAUUCUUUUGAUAUGAAAUUUAUACAAAUUUACAUAAAUUUAUGCUUUGGAAGUUAUUUAUGGUGUAUAUGAUAUUAUUUUGCCACAAAAUAAUUUAGUCAUUCUCAAGUUAUAUCAGAUUAUAUACUAGUAUUUAACAAAACCACCAACGCACCCCACUAUAUGUUUCAUAUUACUAGCAAACGAGGGAAUUUUACUCGAAUCAUAGCAAACAAAAAUACAAAACAUCUUCUUUGUCCAACCAUAACAAAUUUGAAUCAGAAUGAAAUAUUGAACAGUGAAAAUUUAAUAUCUUCGCCUCUGUAACUUUAAAAAUUAUGACAUUUUAAGAAAUGGGGUGAUUUCGUAAUAUGAAUAAAAUGGUACCACUUCAACUACUGAUGUUUACUGAAAUUUUAUAUGCAUUAAGCAACAUAUUUUAACCUGCUUUUACAUAUUUUAGCCAGCUGGUGGCAAGUCUGCCUUUGCAUCCAGUGCAAACCAAGAUCAGCCUGCACGUCCGUGCAGUCUGAACAUAGUCUGCACUGUUCGAUAUUCAGUCAGUAAACGUUCUGUGAACUCUCCUUUGAAUGACAAAUGAUACUGCCUAAAUUGAAUGAUAGACCAGUCCAUUUUAAUUUAGCAGGGUAAAGGUUAAUAGAUUUUGUUAUAAAUAUUAAAGUUGCCAAAAUACCAAGAUUGUGUUUUCACACUGAUGAUUAUAAAUAUCACAGUGCACAUGUAUUUAAUGUGGAUAUGAUGUAUUAGCAUAUACGUGUACAUGUACUUGUUAUCAUUUUAAGACUGCAAUAAACUUUAGAAAGCCAA